UGGAAGGUCAUCCAGGUGAUGGAGAUCUUGGAGGAGGAGCUGGCUGCACUGAUGGUCCAGCAAAGGGCCUUUCUGGAGCGCCGAAAUAAUCAACUCCCAGAAGUCCAUCAGCUUCAGGAAAAAGAGCGACGCUGCCGUCACGCAGCAUGGCAGAGCAGAAGAGGCCGUUGUAGGAAUAGGAGGUUGCAGUGAAGAUUGCUGGUCGUGCACUAACCCAGCAGCAGCUGACUGACCUUGUGCCUUCAGUCAUCGCCUCACUGAGGAGGGAGGGUUACUUUGAUGACCCCGUGGAGAGAGGUGAACCUGCGUACAGGCAGCUCCAGAAGCUGCAUCCAUGCUGAGUGUGAAGAACUGCACAAAAUACUGAUGAAGUUUGUGUCCUUUUCAGAUGUUGAAACACAUUCAAAUACCAUCUUCUUUAUUAUUUAAAUUAUGUCACAAAAUGAGUGGUCUUGGACAAGAAAAUGAAAAAGACGUUUCGACAAUUGCUUUUUAAUUUUAUUUAAGAGACAAGUAUUGCAGGUACAUUUCAAAAAUGAAAAAGCAUUUCCAUCUGACUUAUUUUGAAUUAUGAGGCACAAACGCAUCCAUAUUUAGAGUUAUAAACAUAUGUAAUGUAUAGUAUGAUGUUGGGUAUUUGUACACCUAUAUAUUUAAUUAAAACAAAUUAAUAAGUAAAACACUGAUAAAAUUCAAUCGAAUCAAAAGUAAUGUUAAAAAGACAAUGUUUUAAAAAUCGAUUGAAAAAUACACAGGACAUUUGCUGGUCUGAUUCUUUUUCUUGCUCAAAGGACUGUGAGUCGAAAUUCCUGAUGGUCCGUGAACAUAGCAUCACACCCUUUUUUUUUUUUUUUUUUUUUCCUCCUAACAUCCGGGACUUCCUGAGCGAACGAGCGUGUGCAGUGGAAAGUGGGUAAGGAGGGCAGCGGCGAGCGCUGGGAAGAAAGGCGGACUGAUGACAGCUGUCAAUGUGGACAAAAAAUACCGCUAGCACACGAAGACUAAGCAAAUGGCUUUCCUCUGAACUUCCGAGGGACGAUAAUUGGGCUGUACCGGUCAUCUUUAACGCCGCCAAAAGCCUUACACAAAUUAGUUGAAGCUUGAGGAACAUCAUGGGGACACAAGGCCCAGGGAGGAAACGUGCUCCUUUGAAAGAUCGCUUCUCAGCAGAAGAAGAAGCUCUGAGUAGUAUUGCUCGUGAGGCGGAGGCGAGGCUGGCGGCGAAGAGGGCAGCGCGAGCAGAGGCCAGAGAUAUUCGAAUGAGGGAACUGGAGCGACAGCAGAAAGAGCUUUCCUACCACUCAUCCAGCAGUAGCAAUAGAAAAUGGGGUCAGAUUCAUCAGUGGAUGGCCGAAACAGAAAAAGCAAGAACUUCUAGUAGUAAUAGAUCCAGCAGCCGUCAUCACCGGGAGCUGGACGAUGACGUCAGUUCAGUUCGCAGCUACAGGUCUACAUCAUCAGCGAUGCGGGACUUGGGGUCUAACAAGAGUCGGUCCAGUUCUCGUAGAAAGGACAUGUUGUCUCAUGGCCACUCCACUAGUUCCCUCCUCAAGAGUGUCCGCUCCACUAGUUCUGUAUACAAUGACCUGCAUGGCCAUAAAAAGGCUUCCUCCAGCUCCUCAAGAAAAGACUUGCUGACUGGACUGUACCACGAUCAAAGGAACUACACCAGCCUUACCAAGACCAAAGCUCCUCCCCUUCCUUCCACUUCCUCCUAUCAGCCUCGGGCCACCUCCGCCUCCUCCUCCACCUCUGGCACAGGGCUGUCUCGUAGCUACAGCAUGGCAUCCAUUUAUGACGACACAGGUCUUUAUGGCUCAAGUUACAGUUCAAGAGCUCCCUCUGAAUACAGCUGGUACUCCUCUGGAGCCAGCUCCACCCGCAGCAGCCCUGUGCACUCUUCAUCAGAAGAUGACACUGUCAGCAGUGUGUCCCAGGAGCGCUUCAACAGAGGCCGGAGGGACAGUACGUCGUCUGACUUCUCGGACAUUAGCGAAUCCGCCGCGGAUUAUUUCAGCCGCUCCAACCGAAGGGGCAGCAUCGUGUCUGACCUUGAUGAUUUGAGCAUUCCAGAUUUGGACGCUCUGGAUGAAAAAUGCGACAAACAGUACUCCGACUACAGUCGGCCUUCGUCUCGCUGCACCACCCCAGGCCUGUCUCCAGCCACCCUGGCCUCGCUGGGCGGGACCUCGUCUAGAAGAGGGAGCGCCGACGCCGGCAGCACGUACGACCCCGACACCAGUCUGAGCGAGCUGAGGGAUAUCUAUGAACUAAAGGACCAGAUUCAGGAUGUAGAGGGGCGGUACAUGCAAGGGCUUAAAGAGCUGAAGGACUCACUCACAGAAGUGGAGGAGAAGUAUAAGAAAGCCAUGGUCUCCAACGCACAGUUGGACAACGACAAAGGCAACCUCAUUUAUCAAGUGGACACACUCAAGGACGUCAUCGAAGAGAUGGAGGAGUCCAUGUCAGAGAUGAAGAGGGAGCUGGAGGAGAAGACGAAGGAACUGGAAAGACAGAAACACACAUGCUCGGUUCUGCAGCAUAAACAAGAAGAACUGAAGGAGGGAAUCCGCCAGAGGGACGAGCUCAUAGAGGAGAGCCAGCGAAUGCAGACUAAGUUAGACGCUCUGACCAGGGAGGUGUUUGAUCUCCAGGAAACUAUAAACUGGAAGGACAAAAAGAUCGCGGCCCUAGAGAGACAGAAAGAGUACUUUGAUUGCAUUAGGAAUGAGAGGGACGAGCUCAGAGAUGAGCUCGCUGACAUCAAGGGGAAGUCCAAGGCAGGAGAGAAACACGGGCUGGUGGUGGUUCCAGGCAGCAUACCGAACGGAGAAGUGGAGGAGGAGCCUCUGUCGUCAGGGAUCACGCUGGUCUCCCAAGAGGCCGCUCAGGUUCUGGAGUCUGCAGGAGAUGGUCCGCUGGAUGUGAGGCUACUGAAGCUGGCCGAGGAAAAAGAAGAGCUGCUGUUUCAGAUCAGGAAGCUGAAGCAUCAGCUGGAAGAGGAGCGGCAGAAACACGCCAAGGUGGACGGCGUUUUCACAGACGGGGAGAAGAUGGAGAACGGUACAGACUUGAGCUUCAUCGAGAUGCAGAGAGACGCCAACAGACAGAUUAGCGAAUACAAGUUCAAGCUUUCUAAGGCAGAACAAGAAAUAACCACCAUGGAACUAAAUAUCACCAGACUUGAAGCGCAGAUGGCUCGGUACAAAGUCGCAGCUGAUAACUCAGAGAAGGUAGAAGAUGAACUUAAAGCAGAGAAAAGGAAACUUCAGAGAGAGCUGCGCACAGCUCUGGAUAAGUUGGAGGAGAUGGAGAUGACCAACAGCCACCUAGUGAAGCGCCUGGAGAAGAUGAAGGCCAACAGAAACGCCCUCCUGGCUCAGCAGUGAGGCCUCACCACAGAAGCCCUUUGACGCGCACUUCUGACCUCCGGCAGCCAUCCUCCACAUGGAUGUUCACAGAUCUGUAGCUAACCAAACCAAGAACACCUGUACCUGUAGCCCAGGCCAGAACUGAACUUUACGUUUUAACCGUCAUCACUUUGGGAGGAGCAACUAAAUCCAAGUUUCUGGGAGACACAUCUGAGGAAAUCUGUCGUCACUACUUCAUUUUCAGACUUUGUCCUACGUCGUGUGAUCCAGGAGAUGUUUCUCUCUGACGGGUGCUUGGCUUUUUUUUUUUUUUUUUUUUUGAUUGUUUGCAUGAAUGGGUAAAAUGAUGCUUUUAACCCUCUGGCUGCUCCGGGCCUGCACCGUCCCAGCUUCCCUCACACAGUGAAGUGCCUUUUCACACUAGGAGACUGGGGUCUGCACUGCUCAAUGAAACUGUUGUUUUAACAAGGUACAGUAUGAUGGAUUUGAAAAAAUAAAAAUGAAAAAAGAAGGUGCAGUUAUUUGAAAAUAUAUAGAAGCAACUGUUUGAUGCAGUUUCAGUGAUUCUUAUUUCCAAAUAUUUAAGAUUUCUUGAAAAUAAAUGUGGAAUUUGCAGAA